UUAUUUGGAUCUGGCAUUGCACCAUCAAACAAACACAACACACAAAAUUCAUUGUGCAAAAUGCCCCAAAAUCUGUGCCGGUGUGGGCCCCUGGUACUCGGCGCGGCGAACCGGGCUGUUUACUGCUCCGGGCCGCUGCUGGACGCCGUACAGAGGUCAAACAUGUUUCCGGACUGCAAGACUUUUGUGGACAUGAAGAGCAAGUAUCCGCCGGAGAGGGUGCUGGCCGACUAUGAGCUGUUCCGCAAUUGCCGGAAGAACGAUGGUUCCUUCCAGUUCCUGCAGAUGUUUGUGGAGAAACACUUUUUGGAGAAAGGCACCGAACUGGAGCAGUGGACACCGCCCGACUGGAAGUGUGAGCCGCCGUUCAUCAACAGAAUUGCAGAUCCGCAUCUGAGGAAAUUCGCUGUGGACCUAAACGGCUUGUGGAAGGUGCUGGGCCGGCGCAUGAAGGACGAGGUAAAGGAAAAUCCAGAGAAACACUCCAUCGUGUACGUCCCCAACCCAGUGAUUGUGCCGGGCGGCCGCUUCAUCGAGUUCUACUACUGGGACUCACUGUGGAUUAUCCGCGGUCUGCUGCUCUGUGGGAUGCACGAUACGGCCCGGGGCAUGAUCGACAACUUCCUCUCGAUAGUGCGACAGUACGGAUUCGUUCCGAACGGAGGGCGCAUCUACUACUACGGACGCUCGCAGCCUCCGAUGCUGAUACACAUGAUGAAGUCCUACGUGGACAUAACCAUGGACGAGAAGUACGCCAUCCAGUCGCUGCCGCAGCUCGAGACCGAGUUCGACAACUUUAUCGAGAAACACCAGGUGCAGGUGAGGGGUCGCACCAUGUACCACUACAAGGACUGCUCGACGGGACCGCGGCCGGAGUCGUAUCGCGAAGACGUGGCCAGUGCGGCGGACUUCUUGAGCGAGCCCGAGAAGGAGCGGCACUACACGCAGCUUAAGUCGGCCUGCGAGUCUGGCAUGGACUUUAGCUCGCGCUGGUUCAUUGCCAGGGACGGAACGAAUCGGGGCACGCUGAAGGACAUCCAGACCACGUCAAUAGUGCCGGUCGAACUGAACGUGAUCCUCUUUCGCAGCGCAAAGAUCCUGGUCGAAUUCAAUCGCAAGGCGGGCAACACCGCCAAGGUGGAAGAGUACUCGGACAUUGCCUGCGGCCUCGUGAAGGCGGUGCGCGACGUCCUGUGGAACGAGGAGUCGGGCAUCUGGCUGGACUACGAUCUGCUCAACAACAAACCGCGGCCCUACUUCUCCGCCUCCAACUUCUCGCCGCUGUGGGCCCGCGCCUAUCCCCUGGUGGACACUGAAAAGAUCGCCCGGGGCGUGAUGAACUACAUCAAGACGCACAAACUGGACGACUACCCCGGCGGAGUGCCCAACACAAUGAACAAGGAAACCGGCCAGCAGUGGGACUACCCGAACGUGUGCGCCCCCAUGAUGUUCAUGAUCAUCGACGGGCUAUACAACCUGGGAACGCCCGAGGCCAGGACCAUGUCCGAGCGCUGGGCUCAUCGCUGGGUCAAGAACAACUACGAGGCCUACAGCCAAACGGGCUUCAUGUUCGAGAAGUACAAUUGCGAGAAAUUCGGCUCUGGUGGAGGUGGCGGGGAGUACCAGAAUCAGACGGGUUUCGGCUGGACCAACGGCAUCAUUCUCGAGUACCUCUUCAGGUAUGGCCAGGAGCUCUCCCUUGAGGAUAGCAGUGAUGUCCAUUGCAAGUGCAAGGCAGGAAAAGCGAGUAAAGCAGGCACAGGAGGCACUUUAGGUGACUGCCCGGAGACAAGUGACGCAGGAAUGGACCCAAAAAAGAAUUACAUCAUCACCAGCGAGAACCAUAUCGACGCCUGUAAUAGCCCGUUUCUCAGCCCGAUUUCAAGUCCGGGUCCCAGUCCGCAUAAAGCAGUGGACGAGACAUCCAAUCGGGUGAAACAGUCCCUCGUGGCGAACAUAGUCGGAAAUCCUGUGGUUCCCAGUCCGAGACGAUCCACGGGACGAUCAGUGCUUCCCAUUUCAGGACGAUCGACGAUCACCAGCUAUCCACAACUAAAGGAAGCUGCUGCGGGCGAGUACACUGAGCAUAUUGUUCCUCGGGAGCAAGCCUCUGCUAUUCCUUACAUUCGAGACCAGUCGGCUGCUAUUUCCAGUCCCGGACGAUCUACGAUACCUUCUCAACCAGAAUCCAGGCUCCCGUUCUUUGCUCGAGCACAAGACACUUAUAUUCCUCACAGUCGAGAACAAUCCGCUGCUUAUCCUAACACUCGAGAACAGUCCGCUUUUGAUCCUCACAGUCGAGAACAGUCCGCUUUUGAUCGUCACAGUCGAGAACAGUCCGCUUUUGAUCCUCACACUCGAGAACAGUACGCAGCUAUUCCCAGUCAAGGGCGAACCACGAUCGAGUACAUUAAUUCUCCGGAGCGUUACAUUCGAGAACAUAGCAGUGCUGUUCCCAGUCCGGCACGAUCUCCGACGCUUACAGUUGAGAACAAUACAAAUAAGCUGCUGAUCCUUACGGUUGAGAACAAUAACAACAAUAAUGUCAUUCUUAAUCAACGACAAUCAAGGAACGCGCCUCAGGCUGUUCCUCGAGAACAAACCAAUGGUACUCAAAGUCCGGGACAAUCACCUAUUCAACGAGAAUCCGGCAUCCCGUCUCCUGUGAACUACACUGCUUCUACUGAUCCUUACAGUCCGGAAAAAUCUGGUGUUGAUCCAUACGAUCGAGAUCAGUCCGCUGUUGAUCCUUACAAUCGAGAAAAAGUCGCUGCAGAUCCUUACAAUAGAGAACAGCACGCUGCAGAUCCUUACAGCCGGGAACAGUCCACUGCAGAUCCUUACAAUCGUGAAAAAUCGGCUGCAGAUCCUUACAAUCGAGAAAAGUCCACUGCUGAUCCUUACAGUCGUGAAAAAUCAGCUGUUGAUCCUUACAAUCGAGAACAGUCCACUGCUGAUCCUCACAGUCGAGAAAAAUCAGCUGCAGAUCCUUACAAUCGAGAACAGUCCACUGCUGAUCCUUACAGUCGAGAAAAAUCAGCUGUUCAUCCCUACAAUCGAGAACAGUCCGUUGCUGAUCCUCACAGUCGAGAAAGAUCAGCUGUUGAUCGUUACAAUCGAGAACAGUCCACUGCAGAUCCAUACAAUCGGGAAAAAUCAGCUGCAGAUUCUUACAAUUGGGAUCAGUCCGCUGCAGGUCCUUACAGUCGUGAGCAAUCUGUUGCUGAUCCUUACAAUCAAGAAAGAUCCACUGCAGACCCCUACACUCAAGAACAAUCAGCUGAAGAUCCUUACCAUCGAGAGCAAGGCCCUGUUGAUCCUUACAAACGACCACAACUCUGUGGGGCUCCCAACUGUCCAGGACAACACAGGAUCUUGGCCGCUAUCCCGUUCACUGCUGCUGCUGUUCCUUACAGUACCACUACCGUGCCUCACAGUAGAGAGCAAGACGAUACUGAUCCCAGCCCGGAGCGAUCCCCGGAUCCUGUUCAUCGAGAAACCAGGUUCGCUUCCUGUCUCCAGAGUGACCCUCUUUCUGUGCCUCGAGAACAAGUCGCAUCACUGGCUCACACCGCAGCUGGGGCACAGAUGCAUAUGGUAGCACCCAACAGAGGUUCUCCCUGUGGGUGUACAAUCAACUCACCCCAAACUUCGGGGCUUCAGCAGAGCGCAGAAAGCGUUGGCCCCCAACACUGUAGAAGCCAUUCGGGAUACGAUGGUCUAGAUCCUCCAAAAGGCUGCUCCAUCUGUCCGCACUGCGGCGGCAUCCAGGAAGAACCGACCGUAGACUCUAAGGCAACAAACCAGCCAUCGGUAUCAGGUAUGCCAGUGAAGAAAGUGGUGCCAGUUGUACCAGUGAAGACAGAGAUGCCAUCGGAUUGUGAAUGUGAAACGCCGCCUAUCAGCAUCACCAAGCUCCCGGCCGUCAAGCUGUUCCCACUGGCCGAUCCAAAAGACACAGAUUGUCCGGAGGAAUCCAAGACCGUCGAUAAGUUGUGCUGCGGUUGCCCCAUUGACCCCAAGUAAAAAUCUGACCAAAAACUAAAAUUCCAAAUUUCAAUCUCAAUAUAGAUACGGCCGAAAAAAAAA